ACCUCCAUCGCCAACCGGGCCGUCCAAGCGGCCUGUCGCCGUAACGCAGCGAUUCCCACACACCCGUACGUUGGCAGUUGCACUCCGGACACCAUCAAAACAGGCGCCCAUAUCGUCUCUCUCGCGCGCCCCGCUCGAUCUCCCACGCAAACGCACGCAACCCUCAGGCCUCAGCUCGCCACCACACACACAGAACGCGUGUGCUCCUGCCUUCCUGAUCGAGCAACGAGCUAGCUACCUAGCUUGAGGACGACACGACACGAUGGCCUUGCAGGUCACCGGCGGAGUGGGCUGCUGCUGCCCUCGUCCUCAACCGGGCUGUGGCGGCCGGCGGUUGGCGCAGGCGGCGGCGGCGCUCUGUCGCCCGCCCCGCGCUGUAGCGUCGUCCGGCACGACCACGACGGUGGUGGAGGAGGACGAGGGCAAGGUGAGGCUGGGCGGCUCAAGCGUCGCCGUCACCAAGCUCGGCAUCGGCGCGUGGUCCUGGGGCGACACCACCUACUGGAACGACUCCGAGUGGGACGAUAGGAGACUGAGGGAGGCACAGGACGCGUUCGAUGCGAGCAUCGAUAACGGGAUGACCUUCUUCGAUACCGCAGAAGUAUACGGUACAGCGCUCAUGGGAGCAGUCAAUUCUGAAAGUUUACUGGGAGGAUUCAUCAAGGAAAGGCAACAGAAGGACCAGAUCGAGGUGGCCGUCGCAACAAAGUUCGCUGCCCUUCCUUGGAGAUUUGGAAGGGGUAGUGUUCUUUCCGCGCUGAAGAAAUCACUAGACCGUCUUGGCCUAUCGUCGGUUGAGCUCUACCAACUCCACUGGCCAGGGAUUUGGGGGAACGAAGGAUACCUUGAUGGUCUCGCAGAUGCUUAUGAGCAAGGCCUAGUAAAGGCUGUUGGAGUCUCAAACUACAAUGAGAAGCGCCUUCGGGAUGCGCAUGCUCGUCUCAAGAAGAGGGGUGUUCCACUUGCUGCAAAUCAGGUGAAUUACAGCCUCAUAUACAGAACCCCGGAGCUGAAUGGUGUGAAGGCAGCUUGUGAUGAGCUCGGUAUCACCUUGAUUGCUUAUUCACCGAUAGCCCAAGGUGUUCUGACAGGUAAGUACACUCCAGAAAAGCCCCCUACUGGUCCUCGAGCAAAUACAUACACCCCUGAGUUCCUCACCAAGCUCCAACCACUUAUGAACAGGAUUAAAGAGAUUGGAGCAAGCUAUGGCAAGAGUCCAACCCAGGUGUCUCUGAACUGGCUGACCUGCCAGGGGAAUGUGGUGCCAAUCCCCGGAGCCAAGAAUGCCAGCCAGGCCAAGGAGUUCGCUGGUGCACUCGGUUGGAGCCUGACAGGAGACGAGGUCGAAGAGCUACGAACUCUGGCACGCGAGAUCAAGGGCAUCAAGAUGCCUAUCGAGGAGUCGUAGAUACUCCGUAUUUCACCAACCCCAUGCAUGGUAUAGCACUGAUUAGAGAUUAUAAGGUUUUAAAGCGAGAAGAAGAAAACACACGGAUCUAAAAAGGAACCAAGAUGUGUAAGUACUAAGUAGAAAAUGCAGCUUUCAACGAAUCUCAUGCCUAUCAGCCUAUGCACUAUAACUCUGCUGCCUGUUCUCCGCUUUACAAAUACUUAGAAUGGAAAGAUAGAGACUAUUGUGCCGCAAAGCAACACAAAAGAAACUACUCAAAGUGAAAGAAAAGUUACGGUUUGCUUUACAGCGUUUGUAAAUUUAUGACAUGACUAUUGAUUGUAAGCAAGAAAAUAUUAUGGCUGA